AUGAUAUCACAAAGAGAAGAGAGAGAAGAGAAGAGAGUGAUGGGAGAUAAGAAAUUGAUUUCAUCGUCUUCUUCUAUUGCCUCGGUUUACGAUACUCGUAAUAAUAACAAUCAUCAUCACCCACCGUCUUCCUCCGACGAGAUUUCUCAGUUUCUCCGGCAUAUUUUCGACCGUUCUUCUCCUCUCCCUUCUUACUAUUCUCCGGCGACGAUGACGACGGCGGCAAUCGGAGUGCACGGCGACCCACAUGCAGACAACCCCCGGAGCUUCGUUUCUCAUCCGCCGUCUGACUCUGCGCUCCCGUCGAAGCGCCCCGCUGAUUACUCUGAGGUUUUAAUAGGCUCCGCCGUUGGAUCAGCCUCCGCCGUUGGAUCAGGCUCAGCCCCGUGUUUUGGUUUCUCCGGAGGUAAUAACAUUGCCCAAGGAAACAGCUCAGGGACUCGAGUUUCGUCUUCUUCCGUUGGAGCUAGCGGGAAUGACACCGACGAGUACGAUUGCGAAAGCGAGGAAGGAGUAGAAGCUGUGGUUGAUGAUGAUCUUCCCUCAAAGUCUGGUCCUUCUCGUAGCUCAUCAAAGCGAUGCAGAGCUGCUGAAGUUCAUAAUUUGUCUGAAAAGAGGAGGAGAAGUAGGAUCAACGAAAAAAUGAAAGCUUUACAAAGUCUCAUCCCAAAUUCAAACAAGACGGAUAAGGCUUCAAUGCUUGAUGAAGCUAUAGAGUAUCUGAAACAGCUUCAGCUUCAAGUCCAGAUGUUGACAAUGAGGAAUGGAAUAAACUUGCAUCCUCUGUGCUUACCUGGAACUACAUUACACCCAUUGCAACUCUCUCAGGUUCGAGGGAUGCCUCAAGAAGCAACCAAUGAUCAUCUGCUUAAUCACACCAACCAAUUCGGUUCGACCUCUAACGCACCUGAGAUGAUCAACACCGUGCCUUCCUCAUACUCGUUGGAACCUUCCGUCCGCAGUCACUUUGGACCUUUCCCUCUCCUUACUUCACACGCGGAGAUGAGUCGAGAAGGUGGACUAACUCAUCACAGGUUGAGCAUUGGUCAUUCCAACACAAACUUAACCGGGGCACAAGCUGUGUUUAAUGGACAAGAACAACCUGACAUAAAAGAUCGACUUACUUGA